AUGUUCGAUCACCGAGGUGCUGACCAAUUUCUUACAUCAUUUGAUGUUAGCGAAGACACUGGAAGUGUACUGACAGCUGCAUUACCGAGAAUGUCGGCUGGAGCCGGCGCAAAAAAGGCGAAAUUUGAUCAUCAUUGUGUUUCAAAUUUUUCGGCGGGGAUUUUAUCGCCUCAAACUCGUACUCAGGUUCUUUCAGCGAUUAAUUUUGUUAAUAAUCCGUUUAUUCGAGAUUCAUAUGCCUCUGAAACUAUUUUUAAUGGAGGAUUGAUGGCUACUGCUAGCACCUCAGUGGAUACAAUAAUAAGUCAACGACCAUCAAAAGUUGUUCAUUUGCGAAACAUUCCAUCCGAUAUGACUGAGCUGGAAUUAAUUCAAUUCUGUAUGCCUUAUGGAAAACUUAUGAAUUAUCUUAUUUUGAAAGGAAAAAACCAGGCUUUUGUAGAAUAUGAAGAACAGCAAGGAGCUCAAGCGUUGGUCGCAUUUUCAUUGGCCUUUCCUGUGGCCAUUAGAGAUAGGACAAUAUUUUGCCAGUUUUCGAAUCAUCAAGAAUUAAAAACGGAGAAACGGAGUUUAGUGCCACAAAAUGAAUUUGAUACUGACACAGAGGUUGGCUAUUCAGUAUUAAUGUUUCUUUUCAGUGCAUCUAACUCUCCUUAA